AGUAUCUAGUUAAAGAAUACAACUUUAUAAAUGUGUUCUUGGGACGUGCCUUUUGCUCUAGUUUAAUAAAGGAAAGGUUUAGCGCCGAUAGUUCAGUGGGUGACUCGUUGCUUCGUGCCAGGAAGGCUCAAGUUCGAUCGAGUUAUUUAUAUUAUUUUAAGCCAUGCUGAGUACUCGUAAGCUAUGUUCUGCUUUGUUUCAUAUUCAAGAAAAACUGAUCUUUAACAUUUGCUGUUUCUGAACACCACUAUAAGAACAGUUUAGGAUUCAGUGUCACCCUGUAAAGUGCUACCUUGUGUAAAAAUACCAUGGAAAGACUUCGUUCAUUAGAAUUAUUAUCUACUGCCGGUUAAAUUCAACAAAAUGAUUCAAGUAAUAGGAUUCAUUGUAAUUCUUAUUGUGGUAUCUGCUAAGCAUGAAAUAUAUGACGGAGCGUCUGUCUAUGAAUUCGAGAUAAAAAAUGAGUUGCAAGUUAAAAGCCUUCGAGAACUAGAGGACAAGUAUUACUUGGACGUCUGGUCCCACCCCGGGCCAACCCGGCCGGGGUAUGUGUUGGUCCAGAGGACAUGGAGAGGGGACUUCGAAAGUUCUCUCAAAAAAGCCGGUAUAAAGCAUAAACUCGCCGUCAAAAAUGUUAGAGGACUGUUGGAGCAAGAAGACCUCCUUCUGACUCAAGCGGCUAAGUUGAGUCAGAACAACAUGAACUACACAGUCGCCGGGCUGCCUCUGGGCCGAAUUUACAAUUUCGACGAAAUCGAAAAUUACAUAGAACGAAUAUCCCGUAUGUACCCUAAAGUGGCCACGAUGGUGAAGGGAGGACACAGUUUUGAGCACAGACCGAUCCAUUACCUGCGCAUAUCGACCACUGAUUUCCGGGAUGAAAGCAAACCAAUCGUGUACGUGCAGUCACUGCUGCACGCUCGCGAGUGGCUAUCGCAAGCGGCCACUCUCUACGCCAUUGAGAAACUCGUCGUCAACCCUGAGGAGCAUAACCUGGUCAGCGACGUGGACUGGAUCAUCAUGCCUGUUGCCAACCCUGAUGGAUUUGUUUACAGUACUUUUACUGCGAGAUCCUGGAGAAAGAAUCGGGCGAAAGGCUACAAAAUCGGCAACGUCUGCGUCGGAGUGGACCUGAACCGGAACUACGACGUGAACUGGGGGACCGCCUCGAGCUCCUCGCCCUGCUCCGAGACCUUCCACGGCAGACACGCCUUCUCCGAACCAGAGACGAUAGUCACCAAGAAGAUCCUCCACAAAUACAAGGGCAGAGUCGAGAUGUUUCUAGACAUACACAGCUUUGGUAGUCUGAUACUGUUUGGAUACGGCAACGGCGCGCUUCCACCGAAUGCAUUCAUGACCAAUCUAGUUGCCCAGCAAAUGGCUACAGCCAUAGACGCGGUCAAACUUAGAGAGAACCCCGCCUACACAGUGGGCAAUUCUGCGAUGCUGCUUUACCCUGCGUCAGGCUGCGCUGCCGACUACGCUUUAGCCAAUGGCUCUCCGUUGACUUUCACUUUUGAGUUGCCAGGGUACAAGCACAAUGGUAGCAUGGCUGGGUUUCUUGUAGACCCUGCGUUUGUGGACCAGGCUGGGUACGAGACGUGGGAGGGCAUCAAAAUUGGCGCGAGAUACGCUCUUCAGAGUUACAGGAAGAAGAAAGGUCUGGCUUUGGAUGCGUUGGCGCCGAAGCCCAAACGUAGGACUUUUAAGUUUAAACAUUGAAGGCUUUUAGGUAUUUUAUAAGUAUGUGUUAUUGUUGAAGUUUAUACUGUCUGUAAUUGGUAGGACUGAAUAAAUUAAUUUAUAGUUUAUCUGUAUGUUAGUACCUAGUGCGACUUAUGAUAUAAUAAAAUACAAAUUAUUUAAAAGUAUAAAA